GGUCAUUACAGUUUCUCUGUUCCUGGUGUUCGAUACUGUCCUGAUGUUAGAUUACCAAUUUUAAUAUCAUACGAUAGCCAGAAAGGUUGGCUAGAGUGUUUUAAGACAAUUUGGUCAUUCGACAAGGUGGGUCGGUGCAAGUGUUACGAGCAAAUAGUAGUUUGGUGAUGCUUUUCCAAUAAAGGGAAAUGUAAUGCCUCUUUGUUGGCGCAGUGGAGGAAGUGGAACUUUUCUGUAUUUAGUGGACGCUGUAAUGUAUCGCUAGAUGGCAAUUGGUGAUUAGUUCAUUAAUGGUGUUUCUAUUUUCCUGCACUGGCGAUUUUCAUGGAAAAAUACGAAGUACCUUUGGCUAUUUCUCGCUGAAUAAGGUGUUUCCGAUCAGCGCACCAUCGAUCGAUUACUAAAACGUAGUGCUGGGCGAUAAAUUCUUCAUCUUCGUCAAUAUGACCAAUAACCAUCCCGGAAUCUGCAUCGAGAAAAAGUAGACCUAAAGCGAGCGAUUAGUUGCAAGCAAGGGAAGCAGUCAUUUCAUCGUAAUCGCAUUAAAAAGUGCAGCAGCAGCAGCAGGAGCAGCAGCUAAGCAACCCACGACGACGGUAGUCGUAACUAGGGGGAAAAGCGAAUUCUAGAGAGUGAGAGACUGGUACACCUACAUCUUCGGUAUUCGAAAAUUAUUUUCCUUUUUUAAGUUUGAAUGGUGCCCCGUAUAGAUCCUCAAAAUUGAUUGCGUUCGGGAACCGAUCGACGGCGGCUCUUCGGCAAGGUCCUGCUCGUCCUCUUCGUCGUCGUCGGACGAGGAGCUCAAUGAACGGCCAGUACCGCCGGCACGGAAGCGCCCGCGUAAGUCAGCCACUGCCACUACUGAUCCGCCGUGUCAUCCGGUCCUCGCAACCGACGCAGGACUCGUCGUCAUCCGCGUGGUAGAAGGAGGAGUGCCCGUAGUAGCCGAAGACGGAGCGGAAGAAGUCCAACACCGACUCUCGUUGGGUGGAGGUUUCGCGGUGGCCGAACUCGGGCAAGAAGAACAGCAGCAGCAGCAGCAGCAGCAGCAAUUAGACGCACAAAUUAGUGCACCGGAUCCGUUGGAGGACGAGCAACCGAAUACUGUGUACGAGGAACAGGACCAGCACGACGCAGCACGCCAGCGACUACACCGACGCUCGACUGUGGAAGCGCGGGAGCAAGCUAGGGAAGGGGAACGGUACGGCGGGGACGGAAGUCGUCCUGCUGCUGCUACCACCGCCGCUGGUCGUCGAAGGUCGCGUGCUGGAAACGCGGCAAUAAUCAGUGCUGCCGGCGAUACUAUUGGUGUUAGUGGUAGUGGUGGUGGUGGUAGUGGUGGCAGUCGCGGGAACGUAGCGGCGGAACAGCAGCAGCGAGUAGGUAGUAAACGUCGUAGCACACGGACACAGCAGCGAAGCUCAGUAGCUCCAACAACAACCAACGAACCAACAACCACCCCAGGGGUUGACCGGUGUAGCAAUCGGUUGCGAUCUGCUUCCUCGUCGACGUCGUCGGCUGCAUCAUCGGCUGCUGCCACGAGCGGACAUUCACACCAUCAUCAACGUCAUCAUCAUUCCGCACGCGCGUUAGACACCAGAACAACCGAGAGCAGCAACAAAGACAACUCGGUACCAGUGGUAGAGCGGUCGGAGGUAGAUCCCACCGGUGGCGUAGUGGAGAAAGAGGUGCCUAGGGAAGAGGAGGAGCGCCGGAGUGACGAAGCCAGCCCACAGUCGAAACGUCGGCGAAGGAUGCUGAACGAUAAUAGCACCAGUCGCAACGGUGCCGUCGCACCAUCGACCGCUUCUCCGAUGGACGCGUCGAACUGUGAUCUAAAUGGUCACAAUGUGGCCAACAACAGCAGCGGAAGUAGUAGUGGAAGUAGCAUCGCCACCGCCAACAACAACAGUAGUAGUAGUAGUAGUAACGCCACCGCUAGCAAUAACUCGAACGCAGCGGAAAACGACAAUGGUGUCGCAAACAAUGGACUGACCACGAAUGGCGAUGGAGGAGGAGGAGGAGCAGGAGGUGGUGGUGGUAGCGUCACUCACAGACAGCCGCACCGGGUUGUGAAGCUGGACAAAACAAACCAGGACAUUGUGCGGUUAAUUGGCCAGCAUCUGAAGGACAUCGGGUUGGAGCGUAGCGCGGAGAUGCUGAUGCAGGAGUCGGGCUGCUGUCUGGAGCACCCGGCCGCCACCAAGUUCCGCAUCCACGUGCUGUCCGGUGACUGGACGAAGGCGGACCAUGACCUGCAGGAGCUGCAGUCGAUGGUGGACAGCAAAACCGACCGUGCCAGCAUGAGUGAAAUGAAGUUUCUGCUGCUCGAGCAGAAGUACCUCGAGUUUCUGGAGGAAGGCCGUCCGAUCGAUGCACUGCACGUGCUGCGCAACGAGCUGACCCCACUGCAGCACAAGACACCGCGUGUCCACCAGCUGUCCUCGUACAUGAUGUGCACCAACAACCAGGAGCUGUACGCAAGGGCCGGCUGGGAGGGCAAGGGCGUCAAAUCGCGAACUAGACUGAUGGACCGGCUGCAGUCGUACCUGCCGGCGACGGUCAUGCUGCCACCGCGGCGCCUUCGCUCGCUGCUGGCCCAAGCGGUCGAGAUGCAGAACGAACGCUGCCAGUGCCACGAUAUGGCGUGGAGCACCAGCAUCGAGAACGUGUCGCUCCUGGUCGACCACAACUGCAGCUCGGACGGGUUCCCGCUGCAGGCGCUGCAGGUACUAAAUGACCACUCAGACGAGGUGUGGUUCUGCAAGUUCUCACCCGACGGGCUCCGGCUGGCGACCGGCUCGAAGGACAACAGCGUGAUCGUGUGGGAGGUGGACCCGGUGAAGCUGCUCCUGCGCAACAAGCGUUCCUUCGAGGGCCACACGUACGGCGUAUCGUACAUCGCCUGGAGCCCGGACUCGAAGUACUUCAUCGCGUGCGGCCCGGACGACUGCCCGGACCUGUGGAUCUGGGACGUCGAGCAGGAGAAGUUGAUGACCAAGUUCUCGCACUCCACCGACGACAGCCUGACGUGUGCGGCGUUUAACCGUGACGGUACGCGCUUCGUGACCGGCGGUACCCGCGGCCAGUUCUAUAUGGUCGACCUCGAUGGUAUCCUGCACGACAACUGGGAGGGUGUCCGCGUGAACGGGCUUGCCUUCCUGUCCGACAACAAGACGGUAUUGGCGGCCGACACGCACUACCGAAUACGGGGCUACAGCUUCGACAAUCCGCGCACCGACUACGGCAUCGUGCAGGAGCAGUGCCCCAUCAUGACGUUCUCGGUCAACUCGGCCGAUCGACUCGCCCUGCUCAAUAUAUCCUCCCAGGGGCUGCACCUGUGGGACCUGCAGGACAAGUGUCUCGUCCGGCGCUUCCAGGGCGUCACGCAAGGGAACUACACCAUAUACUCGUGCUUUGGCGGCGUAAACGAAAGCUUCGUCGCCAGCGGCAGCGAGGACAAUAAGGUGUACAUCUGGCACAUCCGGCGCGAGGAACCGCUGGCCACGCUCAUCGGUCACACGCGCACCGUCAACUGCGUCAGCUGGAACCCGGUCUACCCGUCGCUGCUGGCGUCCGCCUCGGAUGAUGGUACCGUGCGCAUCUGGGGCCCCCAGCAGCCACACUCUCAGUGGAGUCCGAACCUUGCCGGGGGAAGCCUGCAGCAACAGCAGCAGCACCAACAUCCCCAAGUGCAUACCAACGGGAAUGCCUCGGGCGGUGCCGCCGAUAGUGCCUCGAUCAGCUCGACCGGUUCCGCUACCUCGUCCACAUCGUCGUCCGGCUCGUCGUCCGGCUCCACAUCGGGAGGCAGUGGCGCUGCGGGUGGUUCCGGAGGAGGUGGUAACGUUGCCGCCGGCGGUGGUGGUGGAGCAGGUGCAGGAGGCGGCAGUAUCGAAGUACUAUCAACCUCUUCAUGGAAUAUCACAUAAUAUUAGAUAUUUAAUCAACCCGGUCUCAAGGAGAGGAGGAUUUAAGCGAAAGUUGAAAGCAAAGGCGGUAUAAACACAUCAGCACACACCAUCGUCGGCCGGUAGUUACCGAUGAUUCUCGGAAGGGCAAUAAACGAAGGAUAAUGAUAAGGAUAGACACACAAAAACACUUUCUAUACUCACAUCUGGCGUAUUUCAUUGAUUGACGGAGCUCCCGAUCCGUGCGUGCGUGCGUGCGACUGCUGGAUUUAAACAAUUGGUAGAUUUAAUAUGUUAUAAACACAUAUGAAUAAACACUUACACAUAACACGCUACCACACACAGACACAUACACACAAUCUCUAGGGAUACGUUGUAGUUUUAAUGAUCGAACCACGAUGAUAAAAAAAACCCAUGGGACGAGAAAAUUAAACCUUAAAAUCCGUUGCAGAACGCAGAACAUUUUGAAGAGGAUAAUUACGGACGACGUGGAAAAAAUAUAACAGGAUGGCUUCUGAAUGCAAGACGAAAGAUUCGAGUUGAUUUGAGCCCUUGGCCUCGACACCGGAUGCUGUUUUAUCUCACGUGGUUGUAGGAGAACGUUGGCGCUAACAGUAGGCGAACGCAGCGGGAAUAAAAGCAAAUACUUUAGCACUAUCCAAGUCCGUACUAAUUGUAGAAUAAAUGAUCAGUAAUAAGGCUCGAUUGGUUGAGAUCGAACGAAACAGCAAUGUAGCAGCAGCAGCACCAGCGAAAAUAAUCUAUUAUUAGAUUUGAUUAGUUCGGUAAGGAAAUCAAGCGAAGCGAGCGAAAGCAGUGAAAGAAGAAGCAAGUGUUAGUUUAAUAAUUAAUAAAAAAAAGGAUGCAAAAAAAUAAAUUAUUUGUCAAUCUUUGUGGAGGCGAGACGCUUGUUUGUAGGGUGGUUCGAGGGACAAUGCAACCCUAUUUCUCAUAAACUCUUUUGGCCACGCAAGAGGCCAUUUUUUUUUGUUUAUUUUUCCCUUCACCGCCUGCUGAGCAAAACUAUCCAUUCAGUUAAAAAACCGCAACAAUUCACAUCAGCGUGUGUGGAACAUUUCACAUCAGCGUAUGUGGAACGAGCCCCAUUUUGUGUGUAGCGAUUCGACCAACAACGGUGGUUCAUAAAAACCGACACCUGUUUGUUUGAUAUUUUACGUAGUUUUAAAAAAAUUAAUGAUAAGUUCAUCCCUUUUUUUGCGAAUUGUUAAGAGAAUAAUAUUAAGUCCAUUGGCUCCAUUUUUCCAUUCGUGAGUUUAUUGCCGUUCAUAAUUUGAACACGGUUUAUUAAUUAAUUCUGAUGAAAACUUUCAUGCUCUCCGUUAGUCACUAGCGAGCGGUUAACUUUUUCGGCGAAUCAAAAUAGAUACACAUUCAAAGUAACACGUCCCCAAAUUAGGCAUAACGGAAAUCAAACGAUACAAACCCGAGGAAGAAAAUGGGAAAGAAACGUUUCUUUGCAUUACUAUAAAAUGUGCACUAACUGCGCAGAUUUCUUUUUUUGCCCUCCCAUAGUAGCAUGCAAUUUAUUUUCAUUUUAUUUACAUCAUGUGUGAGUGAUAAGAUAUCAUCCCUAUCUAAAAGUGUAUGCUGGCUUCAAAGACGAAGAGGCAAAAGUUCCCCAGCAAAAGUCCUCCAACGCGAGAUACAGAAUUUUCGGUGGCUUAGAGUCAGCAUAGAGCAUAACAACUCCAUUACCGAUGGAAGAACAGCAGAAAAAUAAUGAAAAAACAUACGACAAAUGUAUGAGACCGUAUUUGAAGCGAUGGCGAAUAUCCAACGAAAGUGAACUUUUCGGGGUCAUGGGAAUUUUGUUAAUUGAAUAAAAU